GUGGAAGGGAUGGUAAAGGCGGAGCAUUCGCAGCGCCUCCGCCGAGCCCGGCCCGCUACGGCCAAUGGCACGCCGAAAUCGACGGUCGCCGUUCCUCACCAGACUACGGCCGCGGACGGCCAACCGGCGGAAGUGACAACGGUCAGCGGGGCGGCGAGUGAUGGCGGGAGCGCCAUGGCGGCGGCUGCCGCCGCCGCCGCGUCAGCGAUAACAGCAGCGGCGGCGGCGGCGGCGGCAGCAGGGACGCCGCAGCCUCCUGCUUCAUCGGCAAUCCCCCCCACGGGGUCACCGGCGCCGCCGCCUUCUGAGAUGCAGCAGCGCCAGAAUGGAGUGGCGACAGUUGAAGGAGGAGGGGAGGCUGUAGAUCGAGGGGGAAAUGGCGGCUUCGAGAGAGGAGCUAGCAGAGGGGAGGUUGCCGACGACGAGGAACAGCAGCGAAGACCCGCCUCCGCGGCAGUGGUGGCGGCGGCGACCGAUACCGGCGGUAGUCGUGCGGUCGAGGAAGCCGGCGGCGGGGUGGGGACGCCGGGACGGCUGGGGCAAUUGUCGCCGCUGCCGCAGCAGCAUCACCCACGACACCAGCCCCUGCCCCAGCCGCAGCUGCCGCUACCUCUCGCCCACCCCCAGCAGCGCAAGGCGGCGGCACCGGGAGCAGUGACUCGANCCCGCCGCCAAGGAGGGGGGUAGUAGGUGAUUUGAUUCCUCGGUGCCACCCAGACCCCCCUCAACCAUGCCUAGCCAGCAUUUCAGCGCGUGGAUCCCAGGGAAGUGCCCUGCCCCCCCCCACCCCCCGCCAUACGGCCAUCCGCGGGCCCCCGGCCCGUCGUGUCGACUGGAUCGAUGGUUUCGCCGAUGCUUGCGAAGGUGCCUGCGGCAGAGGAGAGAGCGUAUGCUGAUUGUACCCGUCGCCGGGGUCUUGCCUUGUUUUGUUGAUUGUGGUUCUUGAGGAGAUUUUACCGGCAACUCUUUUGUCACGCUUUCUUUUGUGUCUUUGCUGCGCGUGUACGAUGCGCUGCUGCUUUGUAUAUGGUACGUACGUGGUAUAAAUUGUUUUUCGUGUAUUUUUUCAUCCCCUGUCGGGGGCCCACGAGAGCAGGAGGGGAUGGCAAGAGCAAGUGGCCCAGCCGUGCCGUCGCAGUUGUAAGGGUGUAAGUGGUCAUGAAGGUUUAUGUGGCAUACCUCGUCACACGUGCAAAGGUUUACGUGUUUCCAGACGUGGGGUGGCCCUCUCAACCGGUCUCGUCCAAGCCCUCUUGCGCUUGUGAAUUCCGUGAACUGGGAUUUCCGCGCAUACGUGCGGAAAGUCACUGCUCUGCCGAACGAAAGUGGUCGCUUAGCGCAAGGGGAUACUCUUGCUGUUAUUAGCAUGCUUUAUUGGGGGAGGCUAUUUAGAACCUGAUAGUAGAAUAGUGCCCACGCGAGACGUUGUUCGUGCGGACUUGACUCUUCUGCGAUUUGUUGCUAAUCCAUUCGUCCGAUGCACACAAGAAGCCGCCCGGGGCAUGGCUAAACAAGAUUUGGAUUGCUGAACAGCCUCCACCUUUGGUGGAUGCGCUGAGCAACGAGAAGCCAAAAGUCACGACGUGGACGGCUUUGUUCGGCCAGAGGAUAUAGACUAGAACCCCCCCCUGCCUCAAAUGGUCAUGUAGAACUCCCCAAGGCGUUCGUCUCCUA